UGUUCCUCUCUUUCCCCGGAGAGUAACUCCACCGUCGAGCCGCACAUAGAGAAGGUUAGGACUUUGGAGUCGGAGUGUUUGCAGUACCUCAUGGCGGACGCGAUGGGAGGCGCGUCGCUGGCCUCUGGACCCGAUGGUAAGAAGCGCCGGGUUAGCUACUUCUACGAACCGACCAUCGGGGACUACUACUACGGCCAGAGUCACCCGAUGAAGCCCCAUCGGAUCCGGAUGGCCCACAACAUUAUUGUUCACUACGGCCUUCACCGUCGGAUGGAGAUCAAUCGACCCUUCCCCGCCGGGCUCGCUGACAUACGGAGAUUCCACAGCGAUGAUUACGUCGAAUUCCUCGCCUCCGUCUCACCGGAGUCUCUCGGUGACCCUGCCUACUCUCGCCACCUGAAGCGCUUCAACGGCGAGGACUGCCCCGUCUUCGACGGCCUCUUCCCCUUUUGUCAGGCCUCUGCUGGUGGUUCUAUCGGUGCCGCCGUCAAGCUCAACCGGUCCGAUGCCGAUAUAGCCAUCAACUGGGCCGGCGGUCUCCACCAUGCUAAGAAGAGCGAGGCUUCUGGUUUCUGCUAUGUUAAUGACAUUGUGCUUGGCAUUCUUGAGUUGCUCAAGGUUCACAGGCGUGUGCUCUAUGUAGAUAUCGAUGUUCACCAUGGAGAUGGUGUGGAGGAGGCAUUUUAUACGACAGACAGAGUCAUGACUGUGUCUUUUCAUAAAUUUGGAGAUUUCUUUCCAGGGACUGGGCACAUUAGGGAUGUCGGAGUAGGAAAUGGGAAAUAUUAUGCUCUUAAUGUCCCUCUAAAUGAUGGGAUGGAUGAUGAAAGUUUUAAAGGUCUGUUUAGACCCAUCAUCCAAAAAGUAAUGGAGGUGUAUCAGCCAGAUGCAGUUGUUCUCCAGUGUGGAGCGGAUUCAUUAUCUGGUGACCGGUUAGGAUGCUUCAACUUGUCUGUGAAGGGCCAUGCAGAUUGCCUUCGAUUUCUUAGGUCUUACAAUGUUCCUCUGAUGGUGCUAGGUGGGGGAGGUUAUACUAUUCGGAAUGUCGCCCGUUGCUGGUGCUAUGAGACAGCGGUUGCAGUUGGGGUGGAACCUGAUAACAAAUUGCCUUAUAAUGAGUAUUAUGAAUAUUUUGGCCCGGAUUAUACCCUUCAUGUUGAACCAUGUAACAUGGAGAAUCUGAACUCACCCAAAGAUAUGGAAAAGAUAAGGAAUAUGUUACUAGAGCAACUUUCAAGAAUAUCUCAUGCUCCUAGUGUACCUUUCCAGACUACCCCACCAACUACUCAAGUGCCAGAAAAGGUGGAGGAGAACAUGGAUCAAAGGCCAAAACCACGCAUUUGGAAUGGUGAAGAUUACGAGUCAGAUCCUGAUGAUGAUGAGAAGCCGCGUCAUAUUUUCUCAAAUUCUGAUGGUCGACUUGUGCAAGAUGUUGAGAUGAGAGAUGCUGCAUAUGAAGUGAAAGAAGAGAAGGCAGAACCAAAGCCACCGUCUUGACAUCGAUCCACUUGCUUUGUUGUCAGAGACUUGUGUUGUCCCUGACAUUUGUAUCAGAGGUCAUACUUAGUCUCAGAGCUUAUAUGUGAAGCCAAUUAGGUGAUUUUUUUUUUUUUUUUUUGGUUGAAAUGUUACCUACCAUUGUACCAGUUGAUUGCCCCUCCCUUUUGCUUGAACUGACAAAUAUGUUUAAGUUAAAAUACAGAGCCAGGAAAAGGCUAUCAAUACAAGAGGCUCACAGUGUGUAGAAGAAGAAACUUAAAUACGAAAUUACAGUUGGUUUUGUAGGAGCACUUGAUUCAUAUCA